AUGACGCGCCAAGAGGAUAGUUCGAAUUAUGUUGGAAGUGAACUGAAACCAAUGAUGACAGAGUGGGAAGGUUGGGGAAUAGCAAUUUACUGUGUCGAGGAAUGCGCAGGAUAUGUUGUUGGUGGAGUACAUUUGUUUAUUGGCCAGAUAUUUCAAAAGAUCACCAUGGAUACUGGUGUCAAGGAAGGAGCAUAUAGAGCUUCAAGAAACGGAUGA